GCUGCCUACCGCGCACAACCGACCAUACUCAUUUCCCCUGUACCGACCGUCGCCACUACCGUCGCCGUCCCUGUUCAGUGCUAUCGGCGUUUGUGUGCGUGUACGCCGGAUAUCAGUGCUUUUUUUCGUCGCCGUCGUCGUCGCAAAACAACCGAAACAAAACAAAAAUGGCAUACUUGUCCAACAGUUUCGACUUCGAACACAUGCAAAACUCCACAAACUGGGAGGCGGUCCACAAGAAACGGUCGUUCGUCUCCAGGAAAAUGCACAAAAUCAACAAGACUUUAAAACCGAUACUCCGUGCCCUCUGCCGCCGGAACGCGGUCACCCCGGUCCAAGGUUCCGCCCUGGACCCACGUGGCCUGUCGCCCGAAGAACUUGAGAACUUGCAGAACGAAUACAUCGAACGCAAACUGUCCCAGGCCGUGGUCUACGACGAGGACGACUACUAUUCCGAUUCCGUCAGCGUCGAGUCCGGACUUGGCUUAUCGUUCGAAGAGCUCCGACAGCCCGAACAACAGCUCAUGUCUCUGCUGCCCGAAGCCCACUACUACAUGUCCCGGGACUUCUGGUUCGAGUCCGACAUCCGCACCUUGGGACAACCGUCGUUCACCCGGCAACAGGUCGCCCAGAGACAACAACCGUACGUACGUUAAACGCAAAAAGGUAUUACUAGAAAGUUUUGUCGUUGUUGUUGUUAAAUUGUUCCUGUUGAUGUGAUCGCAUACCCGAUCGUCUUUCAUUUUUUUUUUUUUUUUUAUAUAAUACAAAUGAUUUAUUUACGUAUUGUACAAAUACGAGAUCUCUUAGAAAAGUAAUUUACCACCUCGAUGUGUUCAUAUUAUGAAAUAAUAUAACGAUAUAUAUUAUUAUUUAUAUAUAAUAUAAAUUAUUUAACUAUUAGUUU